AUACAAUUUCAAGCGUUGGUACUCACUGAAACUUCGAUUCUUUUUUUUCUGAGUAUACAGUCACAUCUUCUUUAAUUUCUCUUAUUUUGUCUUCACCUCACAGCACCCAAAUUGCGUUGAGGGGGUUUAUUUAAUUUCCAAUGGAAAGGAAGCUUUCCUUGGGCCAAUACUUGAUAUGGUUGAUAUUACUCUUGGAUCAGCUUCAUAUAUGCAAAAGCUGUGUUGAGAAAGAAAGAAAAACAUUGUUGGAGCUCAAGAAAUCUUUGGUCUCAAGGAGCUCAGAAUCAAGUUGGGACAACGUUCUCCCUAGUUGGACUAAUGACACAAAGAGCGAUUGCUGUCGGUGGGAGGGCAUUGACUGUUAUCCUAUAAGUGGUCUUAUCAUCGGGCUUUCUAUUCGUUAUUCUAACAUCGAUGGUCCUUUUCCUAUUAACGGACUAGAGAACUUGACAAACUUGGAACUGCUAAAUCUGGGUGGAGGCGGAUAUUACGGCAAAAUACUAGAACUAAAGAAUUUGAUCAACUUGAAACUCUUGAAUCUUGUUGGAAAUAGCUUUAGUGGGCCUAUACAUGCAGUUUGUGAAAUGAAGAAUCUACAAGAGCUUAAUCUUAAAAGAAAUCAUUUUGAAGGCGAGCUUCCUCUUUGUUUAGGUAGUUUGAACAAGCUACGGGUUCUUGAUCUGUCAUCAAACCAGUUUAGUGGGAAUCUACCAUCUAGUUUUAGUAGCCUUGAGUCCCUCGAGUAUUUAUCAUUGUCAGAUAACAGCUUUAGUGGCUUGUUCUCGCUCAGGCCACUUGCAAACCUGACAAAGCUUCAGGUGUUUAAGCUUUCAUCAAAAUCUGAAAUGAUAAAAGUCGAGACAGAGGCUACUUGGCAGCCACAGUUUCAACUGACUGUUCUUGUACUUGGAGUUUGCAGCUUGGAGAAAAUUCCUUCUUUUCUCGUGUAUCAGAAGAGCUUGCGUCUAAUUGAUUUAUCCAACAACAGAUUAUCCGGAAACAUGCCUACCUGGCUGUUGGUGAAUAAUCCUGAACUUGAAGUAUUACAGUUGCAGAAUAAUGUAUUUACAAUCUUUCAGAUGCCUACAGUGGUGCAUAAUUUGCAGUUCUUGGAUUUUUCAACGAAUAGUAUUACUGGACUAUUCCCAGAUAAUAUUGGUCGUGCGCUUCCGAAUCUGGUAAGAAUGAAUGGCUCGAACAAUGGGUUCCAAGGGAAUUUACCGUCGUCUACGGGUGAGAUGGUAAACAUUACAUUCUUGGAUCUAUCUUAUAAUAACUUCUCCGGAGACCUACCUAGAAACUUUCUUAUGGGUUGUCUUUCACUAAAACAACUGAAGCUCUCUCACAACAAAUUUGGUGGACUUUUUCUUCCUAGAGAAACAAGCUUCACUUCACUGGAAGAACUGAGAAUGGACAGCAACUUAUUUAGAGGGGAGAUCGGAGUUGGUUUGCUUAGCUCCAAGAGAACCUUGUCAACUCUUGACAUGUCCAACAAUCACCUCGUGGGUGCUAUUCCGAGUUGGAUAUCUAACUUAUCUACUUUGAGUACGUUAUUGAUAUCAAACAAUUUGUUAGAAGGUACAACACCAACCUCUCUGCUAACCAUGCCCUCUAUUUCGCUUCUUGACCUGUCUGAAAACCAAUUAUCUGGAGUCUUACCUUCACAUGUCGGUGGGGAUUUUGGGAUACAGUUGUUCCUAAGCGGGAACAACUUCACGGGGCCGAUUCCACACACGUUCUUGGAUAAUGUCGAAAUACUUGAUCUGCGGGACAAUAAACUGUCUGGUAGUAUCCCGGAGUUUAUCAAUACCCAGAGCAUAAAAAUUCUUUUGUUGAGAGGGAACAAUUUAACAAGAUCUAUUCCAAGGCAGCUAUGUGAUUUGAGCAACAUUAGACUUUUAGAUCUUUCAGAUAACAAGCUCAGUGGUGUCAUACCUUCAUGCCUCUAUAAUUUAUCAUUUGGACCAGGGGGAGAUAAGAAUACGGAGAUAGGUGUAGCCUAUUCAGCAGUCCGUAUGUUCAAAUUCUACGAAUCCACAUUUGUGACAGAGGAUUUCUACGUCGAAUCCUUUAGUUUCGAAGAAGUUGAAAUCAAAUUUUCAACCAAGAAAAGGUAUGAUUCUUAUUUUGGAGCAGCAGUUGAGUUUACCGGUUCCAUACUUGAUCGUAUGUAUGGAAUUGAUAUGUCAAGAAAUGAACUAAAUGGGGUUAUCCCAGCAGAGCUUGGAGAUCUCUCGCAACUUCGAGUGAUGAAUUUAUCGCACAAUUUAUUGUCGAGUUCAAUACCAACAAGCUUCUCCAAACUGAAAGAUAUUGAGAGUCUUGAUCUUUCUCAUAACAAGUUGCAAGGAAGCAUUCCUCAACAGCUAACAAGCCUUACUUCUCUUGCUGUGUUCGACGUGUCUUACAACAAUUUAUCAGGAAUCAUUCCCCAAGGAAAGCAGUUCAAUACCUUCAACGAAAAAAGCUACAUAGGCAAUCCUCUUCUUUGUGGACCGUCGACCGAUAAAAUCUGUGAGGCUACUAAGAGCUCAACCGAAGCAGAUAAAGGAAGAGAAGGAAAAGACGAUGAAGCUGCUAUUGAUAUGGUGGUAUUCUAUUAUACUGCUGCUUCAACAUGUGUGACUGCAUUGAUAGGUGUUCUUGUAGUUAUGUGCUUUGAUAGUCCUUGGCGACGGGCAUGGCUCCGCAUUGUGGAUGCUUCCGUCGCCUCAGUGAAAAGUAUGUUGCCUUAAAAACUCAUUUCAGCUCAAAUAAUGUUUCUGUAACUAUAUGAUAUGGUUAUAAAUAAGAGUCUCCACACGACAUA